AUGCCUCCACGUCGAAGCGCUCGUGGCAAGGGAAAGGAGAAACUUAGCGACGAUGAACCGAUGGAAGACCCCCCGUAUGCCGCAUGGAUGAAGGAGCAGCAAAAGCAGGGGAAGCCGUCCCCUUCCAUCAAGCAUAUUGCAAAGGCAAAGCGCGACUCUGCUGGCGCCAGCACUAGCAGCGGUCUUGGGCAUGACGACGACGAAACUGGGGGCGACACGGACAUCAGCGACGACGAUCUCGAGGAGAUCGUGUCGGAAUCGGACAGUGAUGCCGAUUCUGACAACUACAAGGCCGGCAGUGACGACGAAGAGGAAGAUUCGGACGGUGCCGAAGUAGGAAGCGGUGACGACCGCAGCACACGUCGAUCGAAGAAGGAAAAACGCCCGCCGGCGAAGCGCAACAAGCGAGUGUGGUCGAACGCAGAGCUGACAUCACUCGCGGCCGCUCGUUGGAACACAAAGGACGACCUGAAGGCGAUGCAAGGGAAGCAAGGGAGCCACUUCAAGACUCGACGGUUCAUGGCGGCGAUGCAGGCUGGCUUACGACAGCAGAUGGCCAGUCCGCCCGUACCACCUGCGGCGCCCGCGACUAUGCCGCCACCAGCACCGCCUGCAGACGCAAGCGACGCCAACAUGGCGGGGUCGGAGGAUGUGGCGAAGCAGCACGAGCCUUAG